AUGCUGGGAGAGAUGGUCACGUACAAUGAUCUGAUUGUGCCGCAUUGGGGAGUGGAAAGCAGAGCAUGCGUGAUGACCCCACAGACAAAGCCAGGGAUGAGAACUGAGGAGAGGAACCCAGUUCUGGCGCAGCUCGAGUUACCAGCACUGACGUCACGGGCGAUGACCUCAGGGCGAAGGGGGCGGGGCGGGGAGAACGCGCGGGGCGGGGCUGCUACAGACCCCGCCCUCUCCUCGCCGCCGGCCAAUAGCCUCCGUCGCCAGCACCCCCGCCUCUCGCCGCGGCCUGAAAAGCGCAGCUCGCGUUACCAGCACUGA